AUGGAGAAAAAAAAGAAGAAAUCGAUGAUGGAAAUCCUCAGAUCUACUGAUUCCCUAGCUGAUCCUCCUCUUCCUCAGGCCAAUUCUCAGAUUGGUGUUAGAUCUCGAAAUCUCUGUAAGUCUCAAAGUUCUUCUAAUGGUGCUGGUAGUUGUUCUAGGGUCUCUUGGGCUGAUGAGGUGGAAUCUCCUAGAUCUCCUAUGUCUCAUCUCUUUUCUAUUGAUUCCAUGAAGAAAACUAGCUCUGAUUCUUCGAUUUUAAUUUCUGAUAAAAAUACUGUUCCAUUGAAACCUGUGGAGUUUACUGUGGAAGAGGUUUGUACUGAACUUAAAGAUAAUUCCUCCCCUUCAGUUCCUCUUAAAGAGAGUUCUGGGAUACCAAUUUCAAUUAAUGCAAAUGAUAAACAAGAUUUGGCCCCUGCUGGAAAUGUAUCAAGAAGCUGGUCCAGCUUAUUUGCUGAUAACAGGAAACCUGGUAGGGGUUUGGAUUUGUCCUAUGUUCCCCCUGAGACAAAAGACAUUGUGAUGUUUGGAAAUGAUGAGUGGAAUGAAGGUAUAUCAUCUUGGCAAUUCUCUCUUAUUGGUCAGGUUCUGGGGCUUACUGUCAAAUUUAAGGCUAUGGAGACUUUCGUGCAGAAAACUUGGUCUCAUUUAAAUGCUCCUGAAGUUUGCCUUUUAAAAGCUGGUAUCUUCUUGUUUAAAUUUAAGAGCAAAGAUGAAAUGUGUGAAAUUCUUGAAAAUGGACCAUGGUUUUUUGGGUCUAGGCAUUUUCUAUUAAAACCUUGGUCUAUUGAUGAGGGUAUUGAUAAGAUAAAGGAUUGUAUAUAUCCUAUGUGGAUCCAAUUGCCAGGUUUAAGAUUGAAUUUGUGGAAUGCUAAUGCAAUUAGUAAAAUUGUAAGUGUUGUGGGUAGACCUAUUACUACUGACAAACUUACUGCAAAUAAGCAAAUGUUAGCUUAUGCAAGGGUCCUUGUUGAAGUGACUUUUCCUUCCUCUCUCCCUGAUCAAAUCUCUAUACAGGGGCCAAAUGGUAAACAAUUUUCCCAAAAAGUGAAUUAUGAAUUGAAACCUAGAUGGUGUGAAUUUUGCAACCAAGUGGGACAUGAAUCCAGCUACUGUAAGAGAAAAUCCAGGACUGAAAGAUGGGUUCCUAAGGCUGCUGUACCAGUUAAUCUGAAUCAGAAGGUUGUUGUGCAGAAUAGCAAGAACAAUGAAGAGUUCAGGCCUGCUUCUGGGGCUCAUGGAAAUAAAAUUUCUGAAAUUUCUAGUUAUGCUGGUCAAGAUAGGAUACCUGUUUUUGAUGGUGAAAAUGUGGGUAUCAGCAAUGACAAUCUAUCUCAGGAACCUGGUCAGCAUAUUAUACACAUUCAAGAAUCUGAUCCUGAGAUAAAUCCUUCAAAAGGAAAAGGUAUAUUACAGGAUGAAUCUGGGAAUAACAAGGACAAUGUAGAGCUCAGGACUGUGCAUGUUGUGCACGUUUCUGGUUCUAAUGUAGAUCAUGUAAGUUCUGACACUGCUAAAAAUCCUUGGUCCUUUGUUCAAGGAAAUGGCUCUAAAAAGGCAGUUCCUCAUCUUUCAUUUCUUGCUCUUCUUGAAACUAAAGUCAAGGGUUCAAAUUUGUCUAUUACUGCAAAGAAAAUUGAGAAAAACUGGCAGUGGCUAUCUAAUGUGGGUAACACAGGAAAAGCUAGGAUCCUUGUUAUGUGGGAUCCAUGUAUUUUGGAUGUUCAAGUUGUUAAGUUUUCUGAACAGCAUAUCUCUUGCUCUGUAAAAUCUGUUGAUGGUAAAUUUGAUUGUUUCAUCUCAUCUAUAUAUGGCUUCAAUCAUUUGGAGGCUAGACAAGAUUUGUGGCUUGAUCUCUGCCAUCUUCACCAAAAUUUGGGGAAUUAUCCUUGGCUACUGUGUGGAGAUUUUAACACAAUGAUUAACAAUGAAGAAAAGCUAGGUGGGGUUGCUUUAACUACAGUUGAUACAAGUGAUUUUAACUCCUUCAUUGAAGAUUGCCAACUCAGUCACCUGAAAACUCUGGGUUGCUUCUAUACUUGGAGUAAUAAACAGCCAGGUUUAUCUGACCAUUCCCCUGCUUUUGUUUCAAUCUAUGAUGAUUGUGUUCAAGGAAAAAAGCCUUUUAAGUUUUUUAAAAUGUGGACAAAGCACCCUAGCUUCAUUCCUAUAGUUUCAAAAACCUGGCAGUCUUCUGUUGAAGGUUACAAAAUGUACUCUGUCAGCACAAAGCUCAAGCUGCUUAAGAGUAAUCUGAAGGAGUUAAAUAAGAAACAUUUUUACAAUAUCUCUGAGCAAGUCCAAAGAGCCAGAGUAGCACUUGAAGAAGUUCAGAGGAACCUUCAUGCAGAUCCUUUCAACUCUUCUCUCAUGAUACAGGAAAAGGAUUUUUUAUCAUCCUAUAAGAGAUUAUUAGACUGUGAACUAUCAUUUUAUCAACAAAAGGCUAGAAUAGCCUAG